CCACGCUGCCCCGUUGCUAUGGAGAGCAGUUGAACAGGAGCGCGAGCCGAGCCAUCCUGAAAGAGGCACGAGCGAAGAGAACGGGGGGGACGUAGCUGAAAGUGCCGAAGCGCACAGGCACUCAGAGAAACCAUGGAGACUAGACCCACAGACAGAGGACAGAGCCGGAGGACUGUACCUAAUCACGGAAUGCGACUUUUAACGUCCCUUUUCGUCCUGUGCGGAGCCAUUGGUGCCGGCGGAAAACAGGUGGUCGUUCCUGACAAAGUGAACGCGGUGCUGGGCAAGAACAUCACACUUGGCUGCAGAAUAGAUGUGGGAGCCAACCUCAGUCUCACGCAGAUCUCCUGGGAACGUCGUCUUCCUUCAGGCCCCCUUACCCUGGCAGUUUUCAACCCCGAGUAUGGAACCUCCUAUUCUGAACAGUAUGGCAAACGCAUCUCAUUUGUUUCCCCUUCCAUACGAGAUGCCACCAUCACCCUUGAAGGAGUCGGUUUUGCUGACGUCGGGUCCUACACCUGUAAAGUGGUAACCUUUCCUCUGGGCAACACGCAAGCAUCAACCUUUGUUAGUGUUUCAGUGGAGCCCAAGGUGUACGUGUCUGCAGGUCCCGCAGCUCUUCUGGACGGUGGGGACGAGGUUCUGGUGGCCACCUGCAUAGCCGAGCGCGGCCGCCCCGCCGCCGAGGUUUUCUGGGAGACGGAGCUGGACGGGCGAUCUGAGAGGCAAAGCCAGGAGGAACCCAACGGCACCACCACGGUGCGCGUGAACUACAUGUGGAAGCCCCAGAGCUACGCCCAAGGAAAGAUGCUCACCUGUGUGGUGCGCCACCUGACUCUGCAAACAGAGUUUCGCACACACUACAAGUUAAAUGUUCAGUUCGCACCAAAUAUAUCCAUACAUGGAAUCGAUAAGAUUUGGUAUGCGGGCCAAACAAAUGUGAGACUCAUCUGCACAGCCAAAGCCAACCCUCCUGCCCGUGACUACAAAUGGAUCCGGUCGGAUGGAUCGAUGCCAGAGGGUGUUCUGAUCUCGAACAACAGCCUUUCUUUCACACGACCGCUGGAGCGCAAUGAUUCUGCAGUCUAUCGCUGCGAGGUGACUAAUGACAUCGGUCGCAGGACUCACAAUGUCAACUUCCGGGUUCAAGAUCCUCCUCCCACCACUGCAGCCCCAAGCACCACUGCCUCCCCCCUCCAUCAUGCGUCCGGACCCGGAACAGAUGUGGACCGGCACCGAGCGCUGUUCACCUCCCCUACCCUGGCCUCCGUCCACGACGGCAGCCUGGGCACCAUAAUUGGCGGCGCAGUGGGCGGGGUGCUCUUCCUGAUUCUGCUGCUGAUCCUUGGCGGCGCUUGUUUUAUGCGUCAGCGCAGGACCUUCCGAGGAGACUACUACACCAAACAGUACCUGGGACCCGCCGACAUGCAGAAGGAGUCUCAGAUAGACGUCCUACAGCCACAUGAGCUGCAGGAGGUUUACGGGGACAACAUGAGCAAGGGUAGCCAGGAGCUGAAACCCAAACUGGGUGGGGACAUCAUUUAUCCCGACUACACUCCUGAGCGGAAGGACAGGGAUGACUGGAACGACCGGGGGGACGCCCACAGGGGCAUGAAGGAGGGAAACUAUUACCCAGACCACUACAACAACCAAAACAUGCACCCCUGUGGGCCUCCUGUGCACAGCCCCAUUGUAAACAACGGCUCCCCCUACCUCCCGGAUGACUGCUUUGAAAAUGGUACGGACAGCGACUAUGUGUCGCACAUAGACGGAUCUGUGAUUUCACGCAGAGAGUGGUAUGUUUGAGGACGAAUGAGAACAAAACAGUGAACAUCCGACUGGGAUUAAGUCAACAAGUGACAGACACGACUUUAAAGGAUGCAUCGUUUCAUUCGAAAAGCAAAAAUGAAAUUUCUAAGCUUUCACAUUGAGCUUCUUGAACAAUUUAUCUCUGCCUUGAUUGUAACCACUUAACCUUAAAGUUGUGUUCGUGGAUUGUACUCCAAGUUUGUAGCAAAGAGCCACACCGCAGCUGGGACGCCUUAGAGAUUUGACCUGAUUUUUGCUUUGGCCUACAGUGGUGCGUCACACCAAUGUGAACGAGGUUUUGUUUUCUGCUGGUUUGUGCUGGCACCUGUCGUCUUCUGCAGGUAGGCUGAUCACGCCCUCGUUGUCAAAGUAUUUAUUCCUCGGACUGAAUGAGUUCUGCUCUCAUGAAAUCUCACAGUUUCUGUGGCAUUUGGAAAAUUAUCUCAUGCAAGGUCUUUGUGCAUUUUCACAAACGUUUAUUGUGGCUGAAACCAGUAUUUAAAGCAAAUUAUAUUGCAUGCUUUCUGAAAACAAAAGUACCAUUAAGUGAAAGGGAAAUUUACAAGAUGAAAAGGGAGACUUGCCGCGGCAUCGUACAAAGGGGAAAGCAAAGCGAUGGAUCAGAGUCUGGAACCGUGUAGACAUGGGCAGGUGUGAGAUUCUCACGGUUUAUUAACCUCAAGUAAAAACACCACAGAAUCAUGCUGUUUAGACAAAAAUUAAAAACAAGAGUGUUUAACAUUAUUUAACAGAAACAGAAAAGCAUCAGUUUCAGGUAUAAUAACACCUUAAUAAAAGAAGCAGCACUCUGUGCUUCCUGCAAGUCACGGAAAAAGUGUUGGAGCCUUGCUGACUGGUAGGGCUCAGCAACAAGUAGAGGAGGGGCAGUGCGGUGCAGCUCUAUGUUCUUCACAAAACAAAAACAUUGGUCACCCUGGCUCUUUUUAAAACGACUUUAAACAGUACAUACGCUCGCUUUCAAGACCUUAGCUAUACCCAGGCCUGAUGCAGACACUGACUAACAUGAACAACGUUCGGUAAAACUCUGCUGUGGAUUUUUGACAGAACUCACAGAACCAUCUGUAAAUCAGUCACAAGUUGUUUUACUUGUCAAAUUCACGCUCAAGAGAUCAGACACUGUGGAAAACAGACACCUUUAUCCUUUCAGCAGUCCCCAAACCUGAAGCUGUUUUCUAUUUUUAAUUUAAAAAAGUAGUGUGCAAAGGGCAUAGUCUCCGGUUGCUUUUUGAAGUAGUUUAUUGAAAGAACCUCUGUCACCAAAAUCUGAUUUUAAUUUACUCGUUACUUUUUCCAGACGGCUGCAAGACUCAGUAAAACGUCUUCGUCUGUCAAGAUGUGCAGCGUAUCGCUGGCGGCUCUUCUUCUGCAGUUGCUUCCUCUUGUUGCGUAGAGAAUCUAAAGCUAAUGAAAAGGUGAUGACUGUGAGCGUCCGCUGUGUCCGACUUCACAAAACAAUCAGCUUGUUUCGACCCUCGGUCCGCCAGCACCCGUAUCAGCUGCUGUUCCGCCCAGGCUUUAGUUUUUCUUAGGAAAUCACAAACAUAUCUGCCUCAAAUAUAUGUCAUUUUAACUAAGUGCUGAUGUGUAGCCAUGCAGAGUAAACAAAACAGUUUUGACCCGGUUCUAGGGUUGGAGCAGGGCAAGAUAAAGCUGUUAAUAAUUUUCUACCAUUUUUUUCUCCAUAGGAUGCCUUGGAGGUGCUUUAUUUGUUUAAACAUAUCGGUAGAUAAAUGAUCAAAUGGUUUUCAUGAUUUCCGCUGUGUUAUCAGCCACCCCAAUGUCUACAAUGGAUGCUCCUACCAGGUAAACAUAGAUUUGGUUUAAAGGCUAGCAUAAACUAUAGAUGCACCAAUCAGCUACAUGUGUUGUUUUAGUAAAGCUUUGAGCUGCUGAUACCGACUUUGUAUCGUUCUGUUUUCUCUUAAGCAAUAGAGAAGAUUUAAGUAACAUAAUAGCUUUCAAAAUAUUUUUGUAGCCUGCUUGUUUAUCAGUCGUUAGCUAUUUAUGUCACGAGCAGAAGCGAAGUCACGUGUGAGAGAACCGAGUGUUAACAUUGUAAAACAGUUUUAAAAAGUAUUUAAAAAUUUAAAACAAAAUGUUAUAAAACUGUCUUUGGCAUCUUGUCUAAGUGCCUAGCAUAACUCAAAGAGGUCUCUGUGAUUAUAUUCAAAAGAAUGUAAAUACUUCCCCUAACUCUGAGACUCCCCAGAAACAUUUCCAAAUAUAACUUUGUCCUGUAGCAGAGGUUGAAAGAAUAAAGCAGAAAACAUUUAAUGUUCACUGUUCAGCCUUCCUGUUAUCAGCUGAAAGUCUUAUUCUCUCUCAUCUCAGCUUGCUUGAACCACACAUAUAACGUAAACAUGUUGAGAACAAUUCCCUGCUCAUAAAUCUGUGCUUUCACUAUCUUCAUUUUUAAACUUACUGAAAAUAGUCGACUUUAACUCUUCUUCAACUUCCACACCAAAGAGUGUUGCUGCCAGUUCAACCUGAUAGCAACUAUACGGUUCGCUCACCCAUUGGAGGAAGAUUCGGAUUUUUGAAAGCCGGCUGUUGACUGGUCAGGGCCAUACGAGCAGAAAAUCAUCUGAUUCAGUUAACCAGCAAAUUUCAUCCCUAAUAUAAGCUGAUCAAAAUGGACUUGAUCAUAUGAAGGGAUCAGGUAAUAAUAAGCCAUCAGAUCUGAACCCAUAACACCAAGGUCAAGUCGAGCCUGAACUGAUGCACACAGAUGGCUAUUGUAGAAGCCAAUCCCAAACUGUGUAAAACUGGGGUUUGAUAAUAACUUGAAACCAAAUCGACUCAUAUGGGUAUUGACAUAAAUUAUUCCAGCCGCAUUCAUGCAGUCAGAAGCGCUGCUCUGUUAUUAAACUUCUCAGUAAACUUUAAAUCAGCCCAGGCUUCCCAUCCUCUCCCGCUUAAGGCCUGAUAACAGGCUGCGCUGCUGUCUUUUCCAUUUUCCCCCCUCGAAUAUUUUCAGAUUUCUGUCUGUAAGACCAGCACCAAUUGGUCAUUAAAGUUUUUUUUUAUAACACAAGAUCAAAGCGAGGCGUUAUAAAUACCAGAUGUGACUGGUGCGGCUGUCAUCAUCUGACAUUAUGUGGCUGCGUAAACCACCGACAGUUUUACUGCUGCCGCUCGACACUCCGCCUUGACGGUUCAAGAUCGCCAACAUGUAACAAAAAAAAGAGAGGGAGAAGCACCAAAGGGUUCCCUCAGUUUUUAGUAUGUUUGAAUUCUGGAUUAACCAGGAAGCUUGGAAAUGGUGCGAGCAGCUGAUGUCACUGCAGAGCAUGCUGUAAUGUUGGGGUUUGGCUCCUCUGAGGACGUGGAGUGGUCAUGGAAACAAGAAACUUAAUCUGAACCACGGAGAUCCAGGAUGUCCAUAUAAUGGCUCCCUUUGGGAAAGAUACAUGUUUCUUUUUUUCCCCCCCCCUACAAACAACAAUUCUUGUGAAAGUAAGUUGAAACAAAAGAGCUGACAUCAUCAGUGAUCUCAUCUCUUCCUGCUGGAUUCGUCUCCACACUUUUCCACUUAAAGCCUUUGCUUUAUUUCCUCAGGAAUGACACAUGGAUCAGAGUGGCCUUUGCUAAGUCUCACCGCCUUCCAGGAAGCUUUUGUAGAAGAAUCUGUCUUUUGCCAGCUAAGUUGUUGCCAAUUGUUUUUGAUCAAGCAAAGAAAGCAAGAGUAAAUACUAAGAUUCAGUUUUCGAAAUGUGUUAAGGGGGGAAAAAAAGCUUUACAAACCACCCUGGCCACGUCUGUAUAUGCAGCUACGCCCCUUUGUUAAAUCAUGAAUUAAUUUACAGAAAUAAAGAAUAAAUAAAUCUCUUAAAUAGAAUCUAAAAGUCUAAUAAAAUCAACCAAUAAUCAACAAUGUCAUAGAUCUAUCAGCAUUGAGAAAGUUACAAAGCAGUUUCUAAGGCUUUGGGACUCAGGCUAACCAGGGUGAGAGCCUUCACCCACAACAGUGGGGAACCUUCCCAGAAGUGGCAGGCCCGCCAAAAUUACUCCAAGAGUUUAUCACCGAUUCAUCCAGGAGGUCACAAAAUAAAACACUAGCAACGCAAGCCUCCCUUGACUGUUAAUGUCAAUGUUCAUGAUUCAACCAUUAGAGAGAAACGGGGUAAAAAUGAUCUCCAUGGGAGAGUAAAGGUAAAAUACGCUGUUGACUAACAAGAAGAAGAAGAAGUAGAAACAAAACAGUGAUGAAACCCAAGAGUUUAACAAAAAUAUUCUGUGGAUGAGAUAAAAGUGGAACUUUCUGGAGGAUUCGUGUCCCGUUUACUUCUGUUGUUAAACUAAUACAGCGUUUCAUACGAUUAACACUAAACGGUCAAACACUGCGGCGGCAGUGUGAUGGUCUGGGACUGCUUUGCUGCUUCGGCACCCGACAAACCCUCUCAUAGCGGACAGAACCAUGAACCCCACAGAACAGCUGAAGAAAAAAUGUUCAGGCCACAGUUUGUAACUUUAAACUCAAAUCCAUCUGGAUUGUGCAGGAGGACGAUGAUUGAAACGCACUGGCAGGUCCACCUCUAAAUGCCUAAAUA